UCCCUGGUAGAGUCUGCAAGCGCGGGCACCGGCUGGGGCCAAUGGGAACGAGGCCGGUCCUUCCUCCCCUGUCGCGCAAGGCAAGCGCUGUUCCGGCGCUCGCCUCCCUCCCAGGGCAGCAUGGCUUGCCGGCAGCGGCCCGGGGUCGGCGUCGGGGUAGUGGUCAUCAGCCGAGCCCACCCAGACUGCGUUCUCUUGGGCCGGAGGAAAGGCGCCGUCGGCGCUGGCGCCUUCCAGCUUCCCGGAGGACAUCUGGAGUUCGGAGAAAGCUUGGCAGAAUGUGCGGAAAGAGAAACCCUGGAAGAAACCGCUCUUCAUCUAACGAACGUCCGCUUUGCAUCGACCGUAAAUGCUUUUAGCGUGAAGGAUAACUACCACUAUGUCACUAUCCUAAUGAAAGGAGAGGUGGAUUUCAGUUAUGAAUCGGAACCAAGGAAUUUGGAACCUGAUAAAAAUGAAAGUUGGAAGUGGGUGAAAUGGGAAGAGUUCCCUUCCGCGGAUCAGCUGUUUUGGCCUUUACGCAGCUUGAAGGAACAAGGCUACAGUCCUUUCAAGGAAGACUUAAGUCACCUGGUGGGCUACACGGGAAGUCACCUUUACAUGACAAAAGAGAACUCACUCUAAUAUGAACUGUUUUGUUUACAGAGAAAACUUCUAAAAUAUAUAAUAAAAAGCUCUAGUCCAUC